AUGCCUUUCUGCUCUACACAGGCCGUGUUCCGCGGUGAUGCCGACGUCCUGGUUGACAGGCUCAUCGAGGCCUGCCAGAAGCACGAGUCGUUCGUGACCCACGGCCGGGAGCUCCAGCCUUGGUGCCCCGAUGCUGGCGACUCGCGCAUGUUCGAGGCCCUGGAGGCCCCAAGGGGCAAGCACUCUCGCUCGCCCGACUUCAAGAAGAGCAGCGGCACGGCCGCCAAGCGCGCCUCGCCUGCCUCGCCGGCGCGUCGGUGCUCCCUGGACGCCCGCCAGGGCUACGUCUGCCCCUCUUUUGGAGCCGCCGCCGCGCCAAAGCCGUCCGCGCUGCCUACCCCGUCCUCGUCCCUGCUGACCCGCGCCUUCCGCUCGCCGUCACCGCCCAAGUCCAUGCCGAUUGCGGCAUGA